CUGAAAAAAAAAGUAAACAAACAACGCAAUUUCGCAAAUUUUGUUGAAUUUUAGCUCGAAUCCACGAAUAUAAUUUAGCUUUUUCACCAAUUAAAUCAUCAAAAAUCCCAUCAGAAUCAUGGACAAUCAGAAGAAAGAAUACAAUCGAUUAAAACAUAACAUGGAAAAUUGGCGUGAGCUCAUUUUACUCCUCAAUUCGUUCCUGAAAUGGGAACAAAAGUACUAUGCGGGCGUCGUUGCGGGUGUCAUUUCCUUCGUUUUUCUCCUCAUUUGGUACUUGGACUUGUCCUUUGUCACUUGCGUCGGAUUAGCGGGACUCGUUGUGACGCUCUUCGACUACUUUUAUCCCAAAAUCUCGAAAAUGCUCUUCAAAUCCGAAAAUUGGCGUGGCACCCAAGAGAAACAAUUCGAGGAAGUCGUUCAGGAUAUUUUCAAUGCAAAAAAUCGCGUUUCAGCACUUUAUCACUUUGUCUUUGACGCAAAGUCAGAAAAGUCGACAUUGUUCAUUCUCGCUUCGAGCACCGUUUGCGUAAUUCUCGCAUGGAUCGGAUCCACGAUGAACAAUUUGCUGCUUUUGUACUUGGUUUCACUCGUAAGCGCCUUGUAUCCCGGACUUUUGCAUAAUGGCUACUUGAAAUGCGUCACAGGUCUCAUUGAAGGUCGUUUCAACUGCAAACUCGGAGGAGGAGGCGACGUGAAAAAGGAAAAUUAAAUUUUAUUUCUGCAAGAAAUCUCAUUUUUUUUAAUGCUUGUGGAAAAUUUCCGUACUUAAAAGACAUCUCAAUGUUAAAAGCAUGAAUUCAUAGUUUCUGGCGCGCAAAAAAAUAAUUUAUGUUAGUUUUAGCAAGUAAUUAAUUUUAAACAGAACACUGUGACAAACAUACCAAAAAAAGGCACAAAAAUAAUUUUAGAAGCAGGUUUCGAUGCCUGAGAGAUUUUUUCUUUGAUCGACAUAAGUUUCUCAUUAAAUGUAGAAGUAGAAGUAUUAUUACUCGUAAAUAUUUAAGCAAAGCAACAAACGUAUCAUCAAUGGAUGUAAAAACAAAAAAAAAAUACAAAUAGUCAGUAAAAAUGAUGUAAACGUAUAAUUUAUGCAGUAUCUGAAUAAUAUAUAUCUACCCUUA